GGUUCCUUGUAUCCCUUCGCUUGAGGCGGGAGGAGAAAUAGUCCCUAGCUCCCGCCCUCUGGUGUCUUGGGGUGGUCGAAGGGGGGGGAAUACGCGGACGUAGAAGAGGAGUGAGUAUCGCCGCUGCUGCUGGGCACUGGAACUAGUUACAGUUGCUGUUUCUUAGUCAAGACCACAGACAUCUGCACCCCACAAAAAAAAAAAAAAAAAAAAAAUAAUCCGUCCGGCCUGGAGGGGGGAGGCACUGGAGGGACCCCCGAAAAUAGAACAACUCCAUCUCUGCACCUUUGUUUUUCCUGGAAAUACACUCUCCCUGCUUCUUCUGGGGAACUGAAUUAUUCAUUACAAGCUCCAUGAAAUCCUGAAAUCCUUCUGGAUGUUGACUUUCUAAAGAGUUUAGGUUCGACUAUUUUUAAAACUGGAUGAGUAUGAAUCCGCAACAGAGAAUGGCAGCCGUAGGCACAGACAAGGAGUUAAGUGACCUCCUGGAUUUUAGUAUGAUGUUCCCAUUGCCUGUGGCUAAUGGAAAAAGCAGACCUACAACACUGGCUAGCACUCAGUUUGGUGGAUCAGGGAUGGAGGAAAGAACAGGCUCUGGGCCCUGGGGAGCUGGUGAUCAUAAUGGAUCCACAUUUGACCAAGGCAGAGGUUAUGGAGAUACCAAUCAUUAUGGGGAGCACAGGGAUCUACCCUCCCAUGAAGGCAGUUUGUCAUCUGCUCCCUUCCUGCCAUCUGGACUUGUGGGUAAAAAUGAUCGACCGUCUUAUUCUACCUUUGGACGAGACCCUGGCAUGCCUGCAAUUAAUCAGCCUGGAUUUUUACCUGGUGAGUUGGGAAUGAACAGCCCCAGUGCGCUCUCCCCCAGUGCAGGAAAAGGAAGCUCGCAGUAUUACCCGUACCCAAAUAGUUCACGGCGGCGUCCAGGAGAUGGUAACCUUGAUUCCCAACCUAAAAAAGUGCGUAAAGUGCCCCCAGGACUUCCAUCUUCUGUGUACCCUCCUAACUCAGGUGAUGAAUACAGUGGAGACCGUGGAAGUUACACUUCCAAGCCAACUAACUCUAUUUACCCUGGACCAUUCUACAUGGCAGAUGGACUCCAUAGUUCCUCAGAUAUCUGGAAUUCUUCAGGGGGCAUUGGACAAGGCAGUUAUGGCACCAUUAUAAGUGGCACUCAGUCUUCUCUUUCCCAACCUACAGGUUUCAGUAGCCUGCACCCCCAUGAGCGAAUGGGCUUUCAGAUGCAUUCCGGUGAGGUGAACCCUGCUGUUUCCUCAAGCUUUUCUUCUGCUCCUACACAAUAUGGAGUCUCCAGUCACACACCACCCAUCAGCAGUGGGGAUGCCAUGAUAGGCAACAGAGGGACUGCCACUGGGAGCUCAGGAGAUGCACUUGGAAAAGCAUUAGCUUCUAUUUAUUCCCCAGAUCAUUCCAGCACAAACUUCUCCUCCAGCCCAUCUACACCAGUGGGGUCACCUCAGGGAAUUACAGGAACAGGACAGUGGCCCAGAGCAACUGGGCCAGGAGCGCUGUCUCCCAGUUAUGAGGGGACACUACACACCUUACAGAACAAGAUGGAAGACCGUCUAGAUGAGGCCAUACAUGUGUUAAGGAGUCAUGCUGUGGGACAGACUGGGAGCCAUGAAGAUAUCCACACACUAUUAGGGGCAGCUGCAGGGGUGCUUGGAGCCAACUUUCCUGCUGCGGUUCUCUCCCUAGCAAAUCGGCACUCAAUGGUAACAUCCCAAGCAGAUGAUAGUCUCCCAAAUACCCCAAGUAUGCUUCACAACUCAGUUACCCUACCAACACAACCAGGAUCUCUGCCUGACCUUACCCGGCAAUCAGAUUCCUACACUGGACUCCCUGGGUUGGGCAGGACAAUUGUGUCGUCUGGGGCACCAGAGAUUAAAAGGGAAAGUAAAGAGGAUGAAGAGAAUCGAUCAUUAGCUGAUCUGUCAGACGAUGAGAAGAAGGAUUCUAAAUCCCAGAGAAGCCGGACACGCUGCUCAAUCAACAGUCAAGAUGAAGACGAUGAGGAUGAUAACCUUCCCCCAGAGCAAAAAGCUGAACGUGAAAAGGAAAGACGAGUGGCCAACAACGCCAGGGAGCGUCUUCGUGUCAGAGAUAUCAAUGAAGCAUUUAAAGAGCUGGGGCGGAUGUGUCAGCUGCACCUUAACAGUGAGAAGCCACAGACCAAGCUCCUGAUUCUGCACCAGGCCGUUUCUGUCAUCCUCAGCUUGGAGCAGCAAGUGCGAGAACGGAACCUAAACCCCAAGGCUGCCUGUCUGAAGAGGCGUGAAGAGGAAAAAGUAUCAGGUGUAGACCCACAGAUGGGUCUGUCUGGAGGUCUGCCAGGUCUUGGGGACUCUCAUAACCCAGUAGGACAUAUGUGAAGUGAGUUUCAUCGUGCUUCUUUGAACUAUUUCACAGUUCUUUGGGUUAUUUUUUUUAUAUAUAUAAUUAUAAAUUUGAAAAUUUGUUUUACAUUUUUUCUUUGUUUGGAAAAACCUUUGAGACACGGAAGUCUUUGUGGCCUUGACUAUAUUUUCCUGAGAAGUGGACUCUUACGUCUGAGUUUUCCAGUGGGGAAUGAAAAAAAAAGAAAAAAAAAAAAGAAGAUUUUUAAAAUUGACUCGGAUUGACAUCUCAACUUUGGACUUCUGCUUAAAGAAAGAAGAGACGUCAUGAGGAAAUUGCCUUAACUAAAAACAGAAACACAUAAACGUAUUUAAAGAUGGUGGAAGUUGUAGAAAGUACGCCCAGAUACUAUUCACCCCUUCAACUCUGGGGAGCAAUGAUAAUUUCCCUGACCGUGUGCCUAUACUUCUAAGACAAAAACAAGCAACUUUUUUCUUUUAUUCUCUUGGAGUAUAAAAAAACAAUGAAAUGUAUACAUAAAUAGGCAUCAGAGAUUUUUUUUUAAACUUAGAACAAAUAGAUAUCACUUUUUUUCAGGUUUUUGUUUUUCCAAUGGAAUUUUUUUUAAUAAAAUUCAGAACAAAAAUUUCUAAAAAUACAAAAAGAGCCGCAACACUCUUACCCCUUUCCUUAAUUCCUUUGCCUCAACCACUGUGCUGUCUAUCUUCCUACCUUUCUACAACUUGUUUAUGCUCUACCCUUAUUAUGUCAUCCUAUUCUGAAGCGUUUUGCGCUAGAUGUCUUUUUUUCUAAUUUCAACUCUCUUGGAACCCAAGUUCAUAGCACCUUUUGGUGUUACAAAUCUGUAAAAGUUCCUAUGCUACAAUAUCCUUGAAUGUUUUGUUCAUCAGCCAGAAAUUAUCAAAGGAUGAGAUUCCUCUGGAGUUCAAGGAAUUUGUGCAGCUCUGAGGUUGGUCAUGCAAAGGAACUAGUACACAGGUAUCUAUGUAAUGUGGUGUUUGUUUUUUUGUGUUUUGUUUUGUUUUCUCUGUAAACUCCAGAUGUGCAAACCUGGAGCAACGCAAAAUCAAAACCUCUGUGAGUUGGUAUUCUCAAGAUUUCGUGUAUAUGGUCUUUUUCAGGACUUAGUCCAUGGGGAACUUGUAAUGGCUGGCUCAUCCCCCAACACGCCUUCCAUGUGACAUAUUACAGCUCAUGUGCUUCCCUAAUUAUGUCCGUUAGAUCUUCUUGGAGUGGUCAACAUCUUUGGUCUCAAGGGGAUCAGUCAUAUUGUGUUUACUGUUCAGCAAAAUAUGUCCCCUGAUAUGCAGGAUCUGCUAAAUGUUUCCAGCCCAAAUUAUGUUUACGGUGUUCUUACCUUUUCAUUACAUUUUUAUUUUUGUAACCAAAUGUUCCCAGAUAAUGGUAGGAAGAGAGAGUGGGUGAUGAAGUGCCCUCAUUUUGCCUGCACAAAUUUAAUUAUGUGACAGAUCUCAUUUAUCCCUCUACAUAAUUUCCUGUUAUGAUCCUUUUUCAUUUUUUUUUCUCGUUACUAUAAACAGCUAUUGUCUUUUGAACCUCUUGUAUUGUUAUAUGUGAUAAACAAAAUGCCAUGCUGUAUUUUUUAAAAGAUACAAUUUAAACGAAAGCAGUGUUUCUAAUCCUCUGGCUGCAUGACAUGGCUACUUUACAAUGCAAGUACAAUAUGCAACAGAAUGGAUGGUAGAACAGAGCUUUUUCAAAAUCUCUCCUUAUGUUAUCUCAGAGAGAAAUGUUUGUUAUUAUAGUAAAUGUAGCAUUAAAAUUGUAGGGUGCAAAUCCCUUUAUUUUUGUAGAUAUAUUUUGAAGGGAGGGAGUGGUUCUGGGUUUUUGGAAUUUUUCUGGAAAACUGCCUUGAAUCGUUCAUAAGUAUUUUUAUAUUUUUUUAGCUGGAAUCCUGUCAUUUUUGUUUACUUUACCUGUGUGUAGAAACAACGGGGAUAUGGAAACAUUUGCAGCCUUGCUGGGUGGCUGCAUUCUGUGUUGGAAGGGGGAGAGCAAGUGAUGGUUGGCAGACUUUAGACUGCAACAGUCACUUGCAUUGCUGCUUCUAAUACAGACUGGAUAUAUUUAAUAGACCAUACACUAACCAUUUAAAAUAUCCAGAUAUGAACACAUGAUUUAUAGUGAGGAUUUUUUUUUCUUACACUAUCCCAGUUAUCCGUUCUUUUUGGGAGGUGGGAAGAGACAUUACUUAAAAUACACAAAUGAAGCAGUUUUAUUUUAUUUUAUUUAAAAAAAAAUUAAAUCUACACAAUUUUUACUUGAAACACCAGAGUUUGGUAUUUAUAUAUUUUCCACCAUUCCACCAUUCAGCAAGGCCAGGAAUGUGAAAGCCUUAUUAUCCCCCCAAAUUAUGUUACCAGAAAAUAUUUGAAAACACUUCAUUCAAGAAGAAACACAAGCAACACAAGUGGUUUAUGUUUCUUGAGUGCCUCGGAUAUCUACAUUUUUUUUUUUUUUUUUUUUUUUUUU